AUACUAAUUAUUCAAUGAUAUUAAGAUCCUCGUAAAUGUCUUCUCACAGCUGAUAUGUUUGCAUCACUUGGGAUGUGUUUCUGACAUCCCUUCUAAUCAUUACACAUCCCCUCCUUCCUCUUUCUUCUCAUGUAGUAAUUGAAGAAAUCAGCUCAUUCUCCGGGAGCGUUUCUCACAGUCUGGAUUUUGCUGACUGCACCCCUGAGGUGUCACUCAACACAUCCCACGGCCCCCCAUAUUUCUUGUAAACUGGCAGAUAGCCUAGAGACCUCUGCAAGAUCACCACUGGCUGCCACUGCCCUCGGGAGGCUUAGCGGCUAAGCGUUAGGGUUGAUCGCUGGGAUCCGCAGUUGUACCAGUUAAAUGCGAACGUGUAUGGAGAGCCCUGAGCUCAGUGGCCAGCACGUAGUAAGGGUUCUCUCUCUGGCAGCCUUCACGAUGGCCGUGGACUUGUGGGGUUCUGGGAGGACAGUGAAAGAUGGGAAAGUGGGGGGUCUGUCGGAUCUCUGGAUUGGGCAACCAAUUUCUUCCUUCACUGUAUGAGAUAGAGGGUCUUAUUCUAGGCCUUAGGUCUGCUCUUGAAAAAGCUGUGUCCCCAAGCCCAAUUUAUGACCCAAUUUCCAUUUUUGGUGAAUCCUUUGUCGGGAAAUGUCACUCCGACCUCACAUGGAGUCAACUUAGCUGCUGCUAAAAUUCCAGGAGCCUUGACGUCCUGUUUGCUCAGAGUGCAUCCUUGUUGCAGGUGCAUUUGCCUGGCCUUGCAGAUUUUGGGAGGCCGCGGAGAAGGUCCUGAUCCCUGUCCCUCAAAUUCGAAUUGUUCCUUGGGCAUGAUCCACCUCCAUCCACCCCACGGUGCUUGGAGGGGGGCAGGGUGUGACAAGUCUGAUCGAGUUAUCUCCCUCUGGUUCCCAAGCAGGUGCGGGAGCUGACUGAUGCGGAGUUCCCCCACUCCUUCCUGGUGUCGGGGAAGCAGCGCACUCUGGAGCUGCAAGCCCGGUCCCAGGAGGAAAUGAUUUCCUGGAUACAGGCCUGCCAAGCGGCCAUUGACCAAAUCGAGAAGCGGAAUGAAACCUUCAAGGCUGCGGUCCAGGGCCCUGAGGGAGACACCCAGGAGCAGGAGCUGCAGUCCGAGGAGCUGGGCCUCCGGGCACCGCAGUGGGUCCGGGACAAGAUGGUGACCAUGUGCAUGCGCUGCCGGGAGCCCUUCAACGCCCUGACGCGCCGCCGCCACCACUGCCGAGCCUGCGGCUACGUGGUGUGCGCCAAGUGCUCUGACUACCGGGCUGAGCUCAAAUACGAUGACAACAGGCCCAACCGCGUCUGCUUCCACUGCUACACCUUCCUCACUGGAAACGUGCUCCCUGAGGACAAGAGGCGGGGCAUCCUGGAGAAAGGGUCUGCGACAGGGUCCGAGGAGAGCCUCAUGUGCAGUUUCCUGCAGCUGGUCGGGGACAAGUGGGGCAAGAGUGGCCCCCGGGGCUGGUGUGUGAUCCCCCGGGAUGACCCCCUCGUCCUCUAUGUCUACGCUGCCCCGCAGGACAUGCGGGCUCACACCUCCGUCCCCCUGCUGGGCUACCAGGUGACUGCAGGGACCCAGGCAGACCCCCGGGUCUUCCAGCUGCAACAGUCAGGCCAGCUUUACACCUUCAAGGCCGAAACUGAGGAGCUGAGGGACCGCUGGGUGAAGGCCAUGGAGCAGGCAGCCAGUGGCUGGAGCCCCAGGGGACCCAAUGAUGGAGACCUGUCUGACUGACCCCCAGCCGGCCCCUCUCCCCUUCAGAACCUGGCUCCUGGCCCAGGCUGACCCUGCGGCCUCUGUGAUCCACCACUCUAAGCUGAGCUUUCAAAUAACGGAUUUCCAGGGGCACCUGGCCAGCUCAGUCUGUAGAGCAUGCAACUCUUGAUCUCCGGGUCGUAAGUUUGAGC